AUCAUUUGACGCAGAGUUUGUUUGCUUGUGUCUCGCGGAUAUUUAUUUUGUGCUACCAGCAGUUGUCCACGAUGUCUGCAUGUCACGGCGUAACAGUGAGCGAGUGAAACUGAACUUGUUCAGACAGCGAAGAUGAGUUAGCCGACGGAAGCUAACCGGGGGGCGAAGCUAACAACUCUCACUUUUCACUUCCUCGUCUGCACCUUCGCUUCGUCUGCGUUUUGUGUCGGCGACCAGAGUGGUGGCGUCGUGACUCCGGGCGGGGGGAGUUUCCUGUGUCACCAUCGCAGGAAUGACAGGUGGAGAGUACGGGGAGCUCGGCGGCAGCCUCCCUGCCAUCGCCUCCCUGAACGCGUCCUACUCCACGUCGAUGUCCCUCCCGUCCCCGUACCUGUUCGUGCCGCCUGCGCCGCGCAGGGUCAUCUCCGACGUCCGCCGCACCUUCUGCCUCUUCGUGACGUUCGACCUGCUCUUCAUAUCGCUCCUCUGGAUUAUUGAGUUGAACAACGCCGACGUUAUCUGGGACAGUUUGAAAAAGGAGGUUGUGCAUUAUGACUACCGCUCUUCCUUCUUUGACAUCUCUCUCCUCGCCGUGUUUCGCUUCCUGUGUCUGCAACUGGGCUACGCUGUGUUUCGGUUAAGGCACUGGUGGGUGAUCAUGAUCACCACCUUAGUGACCAGUGUCUUCCUCGUCGUAAAGGUCAUCGUAUCUGAUCUCCUGUCCAAGAAUGCCUUUGGCUACGUUUUGCCCAUCACCUCUUUCGUGGUGGCCUGGUUGGAGACCUGGUUCCUCGACUUCAAGGUGCUCACGCAGGAGGCGGACGAUGAGAGAGCCUACCUGGCAGCGGUGAACGCCGCCUGCGAACGCGCCCCCAUGAUCUACCCCCACGCCGUGUCAGACGGACAGUUCUACUCUCCACCUGAAUCUCUAGCAGACUCCGACGAGGACCUGGACGAGGAGGGUCUCGGGCGCAGGGCCGUCACCGCUCAGGAGAAGGAGUACGUGAGGCAGGGUCGAGAGGCCAUGUCUGUGGUCGAGCAGAUCCUCGCCCAGGAGGAGGGCUGGAAAUUUGAAAAAAACAAUGACAUGGGAGACUCCGUCUACACCCUGGAGAUCCCCUUCCACGGAAAGACUUUCAUUCUCAAGGCCUUCAUGCAGUGUCCCGCUGAACUCGUGUAUCAGGAGGUGAUUCUGCAACCGGAGAAGAUGGUCCUGUGGAACAAAACGGUUUCUGGCUGCCAGAUCCUGCAGAGGGUUGACGACAACACUCUCGUGUCGUACGACGUCUCUGCCGGAGCAGCGGGGGGAGUCGUGUCUGCGAGGGACUUUGUCAACGUCCGACGGGUGGAACGCAAACGGGAAUGCUACCUGUCUGCCGGCAUGGCGGCCGACCACGACGCCAAGCCUCCGUGCGGUCGCUACGUCAGGGGAGAGAACGGCCCUGGAGGAUUCGUGGUCCUCAAAUCCAGCAGCAACCCGUCCGUCUGCACCUUCAUCUGGGUCCUCAACACGGACUUGAAGGGUCGCCUGCCCCGCUACCUCAUCCACCAGAGUCUGGCGGCCACCAUGUUCGAAUUCAUGUCCCACUUACGCCAACGAAUCACCGACCUGCGGCCCCCCCUCCGCUCCCACCACCACCACCACACCUAAAACAGGCGAGCCGUGUAACUGUGCCACAGCUGGUCGGGAGGUAUCACUUCUGGGUUUAUUAUAUAUAUACAUAAAUAUAUCAAAUUAGUGAACCCCGCCCAGAACAAUGGGUUUAGCACAACGACACAGACACACACACACACACACACACACACACACACACACACACACACACACAGACACACUCUCUCUUGUGACACUGCUACGCUGACAUAGAAACUGAAACGUCUGCAGUCGGCGGCAGAGGAGAUGUGAGACAUGUGACCGUGCAGUCAGCACAUUCCGAGUCACAUGAGAAGACGAUGUUCUUUCUCACGUGUGAUCUCACACAUAUUUUUGUCAUUACUCUGCACCGGACAAAGAGAGAGAAGAGUUUAGUGAGAGCAUCUUGUGGCCUGAGUGGACUCUACUCAAACAAGAGGACUGGGAGGAAGAUUUUUUUUUGAUGGAGGGGGGGUGAUUGUCACUGGGCAUCCGACUGACUGAUGCGACGGUGUGACUGAGCCUUAUCUUACUGCACACACUGUUGGCCAUCGAUUCGCUGCUUUAGUUAUUUUCACUGCAAUGUUUUAAAUAUGUUUGCACCAGUCCGGAAACAAUCACACACCGUUUUUUCAAGCAGGUUUUCAAAAGUCCCACUAGAUGACGGGCCCAGUGAACGCCUCUUAGUUUGACAUGUACCUCUCUCAGGGUGAAGGAGACUGUAUCAUCCAAUCAGCUGACAUGGCUGAAGGGGUUUUCUCAACACUGAGAUUGGUCAAGAGGUCAAACCAGGAGGCUGUCACGGCCGCGUGUGUUGCAAAUGACUCGACAAGCUCAGUGAAUGCAAGAUGAUGAUGAUGAUGAUGAUGAUGAUGAUGAUGA